CCAAAACCCAGUCUUCCUAUGCCUUUGACAACACCGCCACCACCAUGGCUGCGUCGCUGAUGCGUAACGCGUUGAACAAUUUGGCCGACACUGUGGGCAACAAGGACGAGCAAAGCCGGUUCGAGAACGAAAUGGACUCUUUUUUCGCGUUGUUCAGAAGAUACGUCGCCGACAAGGCGUCUGGUUCCACAUUGGAAUGGGACCGCAUCAAGUCUCCCAGCCCCAGUGAGGUCGUUCAAUACGCAGACUUGCCUGAGGCACCCGAGAAAGAGACCAGCAACUUGGCCAAGUUGGCUGUAUUGAAAUUUAACGGUGGUUUGGGUACAUCCAUGGGCUGCGUGGGCCCCAAGUCGGUCAUUGAGGUGAGAGACGGCAACACCUUCUUGGACUUGUCUGUCAGGCAAAUCGAGCAUUUGAACCGCAGGUACGACACGGACGUUCCACUCUUGUUGAUGAACUCCUUCAACACGGAUGCAGAUACCGCCAAAAUCAUCAAGAAGUACUCGGGCCACAGAAUCCGUGUGCAAACAUUCAACCAAUCGCGCUACCCCAGAAUCUUCAAGGACUCUUUGUUGCCCGUGCCGGAAUCUUUUGACGACGACUUGGAGACGUGGUAUCCUCCAGGACAUGGUGACUUGUUUGAAAGUUUAGUUUCCUCUGGCCAGUUGGACGCGCUCUUGGCCCAGGGAAGAGAGAUUUUGUUCGUGUCUAACGGAGACAACUUGGGUGCCACUGUCGACACCAACAUGUUGAACCACAUGAUUGAGACUGGCGCUGAAUACCUCAUGGAAUUGACCGACAAGACCAGAGCUGAUGUCAAGGGUGGUACUUUGAUCAAUUAUGACGGCCAGGUCAGAUUAUUGGAAAUUGCACAGGUGCCCAAGGAGCACGUUGAGGAGUUCAAGAGUAUCAAGAAGUUCAAGUACUUCAACACCAACAACUUGUGGAUCAACUUGAAGGCAGUCAAGAGAUUGGUUGAGAGUAAUAGCAUCGAGUCUGAGAUCAUCCCCAACAAUAAGACGAUCUCAAAGGGCUCAUCAGACAUCAACGUCGUACAGUUAGAGACAGCGGUCGGUGCUGCCAUCAGGCAUUUCCAAGGCGCUCACGGUGUUGUGGUGCCUAGGUCCAGAUUCUUGCCAGUCAAGACUUGUUCAGACUUGCUCUUAGUGAAGUCUGACUUGUUUUACCUCGAGCACGGUGCAUUGAAAUUGGAUCCUACAAGAGACGGGUUCUCUAAUCCAUUGAUCAAAUUAGGCUCACACUUUAAGAAAGUUAAUGAUUUUCAAAAGAGACUUCCCCACAUGCCUAGGAUCUUGGAAUUGGACCAUCUCACCAUCACUGGUAACGUGAAGUUGGGUAGAAAUGUGACCUUGAAAGGUACGGUAAUCAUUGUUGUCAACGACAAUGACUCUAUCGAAAUUCCAAACGGUUCCGUAUUGGAAAACGUUGUCGUGACUGGAAACUUGCGUAUCUUGGAGCAUUAGAAUCGUACAUACAAAAAC